UACAGCCAAAAUAGACACCAAGAGUGCCUUGGAAUUAUCUGUUUUUUUUCCCAGUGCCCCCGGUGAGCAUCCAGCGGCCGAGGUGUUGUCAGCCGUAAGAUACGCGCUGGGCGGUCUGGAUUCUGGAUGCUGUUAUCCAUUUUUCAGGAAGUCCAAAUCAGAAUCGGAUUGUGCAAUCUAUCUGAGAUUUAUAAAUAUGUGUUAAAAGGCUUUGAUAUAAGAAAUUAGGGUUACAAGGACGAGAAGAAACGAAAGGAAGUUGACAGAAUAUGGAGGAGAUGAUCCCAAAGCAAGCGACGAGGAGGAGGAGGAGGAGGAGGAGCCAUAAUAAUACAGCAAGAAAUUCUGAUUCUGAUGCAGCAGGUAUGAUUAUGAAUCUCCCUCGGGACAUUAUUUAUGAGAUUUUGAGUAGACUUCCCAUUGAAUCUGUUCUCCGAUGCAUGAGUGUAUGCAAAUUCUGGUCUACCUUUCUAUAUGAUUCUUAUUUCAUCGACCUCCACUUCACUAAAUCCAUGAUGCAUCAUCGACCACCCACUCUUGUUCUUACAACGUCACUACUUCCACCAAUAGACAAUAAGAUGAGCAGCCAACUCAUGGUGAGUGCUGAGGAAGGGGAAGGUGGUGACUGGAGGAAAGCCACACACAUCCCAAUUGGGGAUUUUGAACUCGUGAAAGGGGAAGUUAUUGACAUUGUGGGUUCUUGCAACGGCUUUCUCUGUAUUGCGCCACGGAUUGGUUUGGGUUUGGGUUUGGGUUUGGUUCGCAUCUGCCUCCAUAAUCCCACUACAAGAGAGACUAUGAAGUUGCCCAAAUCACAUCUUUUUAUACCCCCAAAAAACUCAAGCACAAAAAUCCAAAAUAGUGUUGGUUUUGGUAUCGGCAGCUUAAGCAAGAAAUAUAAAGUGAUCGUAGUUUAUGAGUUAUUCGGUUACGAUUGGAGCAAGAUUAUAAGAUAUAGUGAGAUAAUUACAGUGGGUGAAAGUUCAUGGAGAAAGUUAGACUUCCCAACAUUAUCAUAUGAUCAACUAUUAACAGAUCCGGUGCUUUUAGAUGGAACCCUUUAUCGGCUCAUAGUCAUUGAUGAUGACUACUAUAAUCAAUAUGUUCUUGCGUUAGACAUUGACAGUGAGAAGUUUUGGACUAUCGAUUGCUGUCCUCUUCCUAUUAGAAGAGAGUCUAUAAGAAGAAGAUAUUUAGUUCCAAUGGAUGGAUCUCUUGCCUUAAUUGAUAAUUAUGCCUGCACAAAUCCAUGGCGUAUGGAUAUAUGGUUACUUGAGGGUAGCAAGACCAUGGGGUUCUCAUUUACUUUAACUACUUACGAUAUGUCAGAAUUAGUCUGUUGGGGAAAUUUUUUCACAGUUAUGGGUAAACACAGCCACGAUACAUUCCUGCUAAAUGUAUCUAGGGUCGAGGAUGGGAAUCCUACAAUGAAGUCCUCCGUUAUUCUCUACUCUCCAACGAAGAAGCAGCAGUAUUUCUGUGUUCAAGGAGAACUAUAUGAAUCUGAUUUGUUUCUGAAAAGUUGGAUGGUGCCGUCCCUCAAAUCACUAAGUCUCUGAAUCUAUGGUAGAUAGUUAUUUAAAUUGAGUAAUCAUGUAUAAAUUGAUCUUUGUUAGAUUCGUAGAAGAACCUGAGCGACCUUUCUUUCCCAUCAUUUUAUAUUGACAUAUUGUAUUUGAGUACUACUUCUAUUGUUUACAUUAUUAAUGGAUUGCUUGAGAUUCUUAUGUA